CGUGGAGCGGUGCGGGGCUCGCCCUGCAGCCCCCCGCCCUGCAGCCCCCCGCCCUGCGCUUUGUGCCGGCGGGGCCGCCGGGUUUUGUCCGCUUCCCGUCCGUUCCGACGGGCGCGGGGCCGGUUGAGGGGUGGGCAGCGCAGCGCGGCCGAUGCCGGCUCUCCCCGUCCCGCUCGGCUCGGCUCGGCUCGCUGCAGGCCGGUGGCGGCCAUCGGGAAUCGGAGCCCCCCCGGGCGCCCUUCCCCUCCCGUCCCUCCGCGGCCGGAGGGUUUUCUCCCGCUGCCGCCGCCUCGCUGCCCCCCAGACAUGGUAGGGCACCUCCAGCUGCAAGGGAUGGACGAGAGCCUGAAGGAGAAGAGCCGGGAAGGCUUGUUGGACAGCCCGGACUCGGGGCUGCCCCCCAGCCCCAGCCCCCCUUUCUACUCCCUCUCGCCCGGGGGCGGCGCCGGCGCGGACCCCCCGACCCCGGGGCAGCGGCGCGAGGCCAAGGACGGCAGAGGGAUGCCUUACCUGCUCCUGAACCCGUCCGUGUCGGAGAUAAGACCUCGAAUGUACCCUGUGUUUUUUGGAGAAAGCAUUGAGGUCAACCCUGAGCCCGUGCAGGAAAUUAGGUGUAAUUCCGAGGUGAAGUAUGACUCUGAGAAGCAUUACAGGGAUGACAUCAUCUACGGCCCCAUCCCCACCGUCACCACCUACAGUGAGACAGUCAUUGCUGCACCCAAUUGCACCUGGCGGAACUACAAGUCCCAGCUGAUCUUUGAACCCCGCCAGAAGCCACUGAGGUUUCAGAGCACGACCAUCAUUUUUCCUAAGCGUGCCAAGAACAUUUACCGGACCACCCUCAACUACAGCUUGGGCUGUGCCAAGCGCUGGUUUUCUUCCAGCGUGCAGCUGGAACUCUGCGAGGAAACCAGCCCAUGCGUCACCUACAGUGAGACCCUCUGAUCCGCCCGCCUGGCAAUCUUGUGACCUCAAGGAGGCUGAGGCCUUUACUGGGUCUCUGGCUGGGCCCUCAUUGAUGACGACUGAAUAUUAAUGGCUGGAGAAAAUGUCAUCUUGGGUGAGGCUGAACUGGCUUGCAGGGCAUGGGAUGGUUUUGAUCAGUGAAAGGCUGGCUUACAUUUUGUGACGUUCCUGAUGUUCAUGGUCUGGUUUUUAUUCUUUUUUUUUUUUUUUCCCAAGUAUAUCUGCUUUUGACUUAUGUUUUAGACAAAAUCAAGAUGACAGAGGACCCCAUUAUCCAUAGCAGAGUCCUGUUUUGUGAGCUCUGUACAUCUUGUCUAGCACAUAGGUGAGAUUAACUGUAGCCUUCAGAAAUAUUUUGGUCCCUGCAAAGAGAAGACCACCUGCAAAGUGCUGAAGACCAUCCUGCCCAGCACACACCAAGCCAAGUCUCCUGGAGUUUAAAUGCAGUUGAUGUUAAUUGUGUCAGUUCUUCAUGACCUGCAUCCAACAGCUCACCUGGGAGAUAGCUGCAAUAUCAUACCACUGCAGUACCUUCAGACCUAACUUGCUUGAGGGAGUAGGGACUGUCACUGAAAAAGGAGGAAAGCAGGUGCACAGCGCUCUUGCCAGCAGCUAGAUGUUUACAUCUAUGACAGGGGAUGUCACAAGCAAGUGGCUGGAGAAAGGCCUGCCCUGAUCCACAGCCAGCUCGUCUGAGAGCCCAGCCUAAGCAAGAGGGUGCAGAGGAGACUGAGGAGAGGGAAAAGCUGUGGGGUUAUUUUCUAAAAGUGGCCAAAGAGUUUAGGAGCCCAAAGUGCUUUUUAUGAAAUAACUGGUAGCUGAAGUGUACCAUGCUGUUUGUUGUAUUUGAUACCCAGUUUCCAGGGAUCUUUACGCACUUAACAACCCCUCUGAGUUUCAGGGUACUGGGAGAGGAAUGUAGCACAGUGAGAUGUUGCCUAGCUUUAAAGAAGCUGGUACAGGGUUAACUUAACUGCAGAGCAAGGUUGCUCAUCCUCUCAGGAGUUUCCAUACCUGUGUCAUGGUCAGCUUAGCUGAUUGUGGAGGAGCAUCCAGACUGGUUACAAGCAGUCCACAGGUACUUUACGGCUAGCUGAGCUCUCUGCAACAGGACCAAGAAGCAUAGAGAGAACAGUAGUCACUUCAACCAUCCUAAGGUAAACCAUUCCCACUGAUGAAUCACAUCUCCCAGUAUUUUUUCAUUUUGGUAGCUUGCUGAGAAAAAGCAAGAGCCUACUGCAAACCUUUGAAACUGAUACAGAAUUGUCUCCAGAAAUCUUACCAAGAAUUUUUACAUGCUGCUCUCAGAAGAGACCAGAAUUAGAAAAUAACCGUAUAGUUCUGGAAAUUAAUUUCCAGCUUUCGUUCUUUUAAACUUUCCAUGUUGUUUCUGACUUGAUGCAAGCCUGAUCAAGUUAUUUCAGAACACAGCCAAGCAGCCAAGUCAGAAAACCUAUUAACAAUGUCAACAAGCCAUAGCUGAUUGCCCAGAACUGUUGACGCACAAACCCACAGUGAUUUAUAAAAAAACCAACCAAACACCAGGCAGUCUGGCAAACUUUAAGAAGAAUUACACAGUAACCUGCAAAGAUACUUUUUCCAUCAGUUUCAAAAGGCAAUUGGUAGGUGUGACCAGAACUGUGACCUUUAUGAAAGUUUUCGUGAAGCUGAAUUUAUCCACCAGAGGUAAAUAGAAGAUUUUUAGACACAAACUUAAAUCCUGACAACAUCAUUAGUACUGAGAAACAUAAGCUGUGGCAGUGGUGAACUCUGCCUCUAUCAUCUGGGAGCUGAGCCUGGGUAGAGAGCAAUGUCCUACUGGAUUUCCAAGACCCAGCUUCUUGGUUCAUGGAUAGAGACCUGCCCAGCCAUGUGGGCCUUCCCAAGCAGAUGAGUCCGUCUCAGACUCCCUGUUUUUCCAGGAAUCCUGCCACGUAUUUAUUUUGCAUGACCGACCUGGCUUCAGCUUUUCAGCAAGUUCUCUCCAUCAUGUGCAUGACAGAACCAGUGUACCAGGUUAAUUUCAUGAGCUUUUUUAUCUUCACUAACUGCAGGCUUCUGCCUGCUUCGUCUGCUGUUCUUCUUUCUCAACGUUGGCUACAACAGAAAAACAACUCAAAAAACAAGUGUGCAAAUAGACCUAAACCACAGCUUGGUCUUGGAUCACAUGGGGACAGGGGCCACUAAGGCAAAGUCUCACAGGUGCAGGGUCCCCUCCCUCCCUGACCAGGCUGUUUUGAAUCUUUAUUCUUUGUUUUCUCUGCAAAUAGACUAGAAAUGACCUAACAUGCUCCUGCUCCUUUGAGCUUAGGCAGCUUUUUUCAUCUUGCCAUGUCGGGAAAAAAAAGUCAGCAGGCAGCUUAGCUUCCCAGGCUGCCAACACACGGAGCUGUAUAACCAUGGACAGCCUGUGGUGGGCUGCCACCCUGGGCCACGUCCAAAACUGUGACAUUGCCAAGUAAAUGCCCGAGAUCUGUAGAAACUUUUGAAAAGUACCUUCUUAGAUGCUGACUCCAUUGGGCCCAUCACAGGCUGCUUUUCUUGUCAGUAAGAGCUGGAGUUAGAAGGAGAUUUUGCUCUUCCUGUGCAAAACCACAGCAGGUCAGUCCUCACCCUGGUGUGGGCACAAAUCCCACCCCUUACCCACCCUCCGUCCCUCUUGCUGCCAGCCCCACGCCUGGGUGAGGCUCUGAGACCAAAGUCACCUUGCUCACAAUUUGGAAAAGUGCUGAUUUGUUGUUGUUGUUUUGCUCCAAGAGCAGAAUUUGAAUUUAGUGUGCAUGGUGCCAGUUAAGAAUUGCUCCCAGGAGCCAAGAAGUGCCUUAUUUGUAGUAUGUUUUGUGCAUCUAAAAGGAACAAUUAGUUCCACUACAGAGAUGUUUUUCUUUUAAACGGAACGUUAUUUAUCUCAACUGAUUUCUGUUCACCUGUUUUCCCAAAGACACAAAUGAUAAACCUAGACCAUAGAAAAUGCUGCUUAGAAAGGUGAGGCCCCUUGAGCAGCCCAGGCUGUGGCUACAUGAUUUCUCCUAAGGCUCCUGAUAUGCCGGUUGCCCACAGUCCUGCACACCCGAUGGGUUAAGUCAGACUCCGCCUGUAGGAAUUACUUUCCAUCAGUAGUUAUUUUGGGAUCAGAAGCUUUUACAAAGGGCUUCUGGUUUUAUGUUGUCUUUUUUUUGUAAGUUGUUUGUUGUUAUUUUUUUUGGGGGGGGAGGGUGCUCACAGGAGAGAGGUUUGCCCUUUCCCCCCUUCUUUUCUGUGAUUGCUUUACCCCUAAAAUGCAACAGAGAAUGCACGUGUCUGGUCUGCCUGCAUUGCUGUAAUUGUAUUAGGGGCCAAAAAGGGGAACCCGAGCUUAUUAAUGCCUUUUAAAAAUUCACAAAACACGUUGCACAAAAUGCAGAGGAAAACUUUGACCAAAAGAGUUUACUGCUUCUUUCUUUCCAUUCUUUUCUCAAUGUGAAAUAGAGACAGAUUUGCACCCUAGGUGCAGACUUCUUGGGAAUGAUGAAAUGAGGUUUGAGUGUUGAUAGCAGUGUUUGAGUGAGCUGCUGGUCAGAGAAGUGAAUGCUAUUUACUAUUUAUGUUGAGUGAGUCUUACAAAAUAAAAUAAAAUAGGAAAGGUCACCGAAUAGUUGAUGAAGAAAGACUUUGCAGAGCAAACCAAGGACUGAAGGCAGCGUGAGACUGAUGUAGAGGUGAAUGGUUCAGGGCGUGAGCGCUGUGAGCUAGGGGAUAUUUAGCCACUGUGGUUUUAACGUGCCUUUUUUUCCUGCAUGGAAAGGCAUCUUUGCCCUCUUUAGAGCUGAAACAACAUCAGAUCCAUUCUCUAUCACAGUCAUUCAGUUCCACUGAAGUCUGUGGAUCUCAAAGUUCCCCAGGCUUGUAGGGGCCUCUGCAUACUAUGCACACAGAGCUGUGAAGACAGGGGAACACUUCAUAGGAAAUGAUGGAUCUUGGUGAGGGAGAUUCACAUCUCUACUGGCAGGUAAACUGCUCCUUGAGGAUUACCCCUUUUCCUCACAAAUCCCUCAGUUCUGAACUCCUCCCCUGCAGCUCACCAAUAACCAUUGUAUUUGAUGCCUGGCACGUGUUCCUUUCCAGAUACUGUGAUGGCCAUCAAAAUGAGCAAAGUAUCCUGCCACAUGAAUCGUGACCUGGAGGUGGGGGUUGAAAGGUGCUUGAAGGUUAGUGAAGGGAGAACACGUUACUGGUGGAAAUGCAUAAGGAUGUGUCAUAAUUUUAUUUUUGUAAGUCUGAUUCUCUAAGUGCUUGUAAAGUACUUUACUGUUGUAUAUGUGGUGAUGCAGUAGUUUUCAAUAUCCUUUUAUUUUUGUAUAUUCCCCCUUCCACAAUAAUCCCUUCCUGUUCAACUCAUAGAAAAUAAUUUAAGAUGAUAAAAUUUAUAUAUCAUAAUAAAAUGCCCAAACUGUCA